UCGGCCGCUCGCCUGAAGCAGAAGGGAGGGGGCGGCAGCGAGAGAGCGCAAGGGGUGAGAGGGCGCGAGCUGGACCCCCGCGCCUGGCGCCCCGGGACCCCUGCCACGCCUCCGCGCGCCAGGCGGCGGCCCGCGCGCCGCCCCCGUCCCCGUCCCCGACGCGCGCCGGGCCGCGCCCUUAUCCUUCUCCCCUUCCUUGGCGGGCGGCGCGGAGCGGCCUGAGGGGCGGCGCCUUCUGCGGCCGCCCCGGCGAGGGGAUGUGAGGGUAGGCCCGCGGCCAUGGAGACGGGCCCGGCGCCCCUGGUGGCCCCGCCGCGCCGUCAUGGCGCCCCCGCGGCCCCCUCGCCGCCGCCCCGCAGCUCCCGGGCCGGACCCAUCGUGGUGGUGGCCCCGGGGCCGCCAGUGACCACGGCCACUUCGGCCCCGGUCACCCUGGUGCCCCCCGGGGAGGCGCGGCCCGCCUGGGCACCGGAGCCCCCUCAGACGUCGGCCCCGGCUCCGGCCCCGGCCUCGGCCUCGACCAUCACGAGCAGCACAGUAGUGGUGCUGACGCUGGAGGCCUCACCCGAAGCCGCGAGGGCGCAGUUCUCCCCUGGCUCAGAACCCCCGGUGCCCACGGCGGUGGCAGGAACCGAGAUGUCCAUGGCUUUGGGCCCGGGGGCUGACUCUCCGAAGACGGAAGAGGCUAGACCCUCCCCCGUUCCUGGACCAGGUACCCCCACCGGGACCCCCACCAGGACCCCUUCCAGAACGGCUCCUGGGGCUCUGAUCGCCAAACCCCCGCUUGCCCCCAAGCCGGGAACCACAGUUGCCUCAGGAGGGACUGCGCGGGUUGCAGCAGUGACAGCAGGACAGGUGACAAGUGGACAUGGAGCUGCAGCAGCAACAUCAGCAUCAACUGCACAGGCUCCAGAGGACCCCUCAGGGCCUGGCCCGGGCCCUUCAGGGACGUGUGAGGCUCUGGUAGCUGUCGUGACGGUCACCCCCGCUCCGGAGCCUGCUGAAAACUCUCAGGACCUAGGCUCCACGUCCAGCCUGGGACCGGGCAUCUCUGGGCCUCGAGGGCAGGCCCCGGACACUCUGAGCUACUUGGACUCUGUAAGCCUCAUGUCUGGGACCUUGGAGUCCUUGGCAGAUGAUGUGAGCUCCAUGGGCUCAGAUUCGGAGAUAAACGGGCUGGCCCUGCGCAAGACGGACAAAUAUGGCUUCCUUGGGGGCAGCCAGUAUUCGGGCAGUCUAGAGAGCUCCAUUCCUGUAGAUGUGGCUCGGCAGCGGGAGCUCAAAUGGCUGGAGAUGUUCAGUAACUGGGAUAAGUGGCUGUCACGGCGUUUCCAGAAGGUGAAGCUGCGCUGCCGGAAGGGGAUCCCCUCUUCCCUCAGAGCCAAGGCCUGGCAGUACCUGUCCAAUAGCAAGGAACUCCUGGAGCAGAACCCUGGCAAGUUUGAGGAGCUGGAACGGGCGCCUGGGGACCCUAAGUGGCUGGAUGUGAUUGAGAAGGACCUGCACCGCCAGUUCCCUUUCCAUGAGAUGUUUGCUGCUCGAGGGGGGCAUGGGCAGCAGGACCUGUACCGAAUCCUGAAGGCCUACACGAUCUACCGGCCCGAUGAGGGCUACUGCCAGGCCCAGGCCCCUGUGGCUGCCGUGCUGCUCAUGCAUAUGCCCGCGGAGCAAGCUUUCUGGUGCCUGGUGCAGAUCUGUGACAAGUACCUCCCCGGCUACUACAGCGCAGGGCUGGAGGCCAUUCAGCUGGAUGGAGAGAUCUUUUUCGCGCUGUUACGCCGGGCCUCCCCACUGGCACACCGGCACCUGCGGCGGCAGCGCAUCGACCCUGUGCUCUACAUGACUGAGUGGUUCAUGUGCAUCUUCGCCCGCACCCUGCCCUGGGCGUCCGUGCUGCGCGUUUGGGACAUGUUCUUCUGUGAAGGUGUCAAGAUCAUCUUCCGGGUGGCCCUGGUGCUGCUGAGGCACACACUGGGCUCAGUGGAGAAGCUGCGCUCCUGCCAGGGCAUGUACGAGACCAUGGAGCAGCUGCGCAACCUGCCCCAGCAGUGCAUGCAGGAGGACUUCCUGGUGCACGAGGUGACCACCCUCCCAGUGACGGAAGCACUGAUUGAGCGAGAGAACACCGCCCAGCUCAAGAAGUGGCGGGAAACCCGGGGGGAGCUGCAGUAUCGGCCCUCUCGGCGACUGCAUGGCUCCCGGGCCAUCCAUGAGGAGCGGCGGCGACAGCAGCCACCCCUGGGCCCCUCUUCCAGCCUUCUUAGCCUCCCUGGCCUCAAGAGCCGAGGUUCCCGGGCAGCUGGGGGGGCCCCCUCUCCACCCCCUCCUGCCCGCCGGGCCAGUGCUGGGCCUGCCCCAGGGCCUGUGGUCACCGCUGAGGGACUGCAUCCAUCCCUUCCUUCGCCUACCGGCAACAGCACCCCACUGGGUCCCAGCAAGGAGACUCGAAAGCAGGAGAAGGAGCGGCAGAAACAGGAAAAGGAACGUGAGAAGGAGCGGCAGAAACAGGAGAAGGAACGGGAGAGGCAGGAGAAGGAGCGCCAGAAGUGGGAAAAAGAGCAGGAGAAGGAGCAACAGAAGCAGGAGAAGGAACGACAGAAGCAGGAAAAGAAGGCCCAAGGCAGGAAGCUCUCACUUCGUCGAAAGGCAGAUGGGCCCCCGGCCCCCCAGGAUGGUGGGGACAGGUCCUCGGCAUCUGAGGCCCGGCAGGAUGCUUACUUCUGACCUCGUCUUGGGGCUGGACUGCAUGGCCUCCCUCUUCCUUAGUCAAGAGCAGGCCCGGCCUGGGGCAGCCAUGAACAAGUCUGGAGCCCCUCACCUCCAGUUGGGCCCAGCUGGGGUCUCUGUCACUCCUGCCCCAAUUCCCUCUGGGGUCCGUCCCAGGUGCAGUCCUGAUUGGCCAUUUGUCACCUCGGAGGUGACUUGGCAAUGGGAAUCAGCAGUUUUCAGAUUCUUAUACCAGUUGCUCCCCUUAUCCGUGAGUGGAGCUGGGUUCCUUUUUCCCUUCUUCAGCUCUGCCGGUCUCCCCCUCUUCCUGCCUGGGGGCCAAGGCUCUCCUCGCUCUACUUCUGGACAUCUCUGUUGUAAUUAUGUACAGAGGACCUGGUGGGUCCAGGGUGGGUGUGUUCGCUCUAUCUUCUGUCCUUUAGUUCUUCCACAGUGUUCUUGCACUCAUUUAUUUAAAGGGACAUGCGCUGGAACAGGAAAUGUCCCCCCUCUCCCCACCUGCCAUCCUCCUUGCUCUCUUUCCUCUUCACCCACCUUCCUGUGUAUUCUCAGGCUUCUCCUGCUUUGUCUCCACCAGGAUCCCCACCUUUCGCCUUGUUUCCCCUCCAGCCCCUAUCUGGGGAAGGGGUCUUCCCUUGAACUCCAGGGGGUGGAACCCAAUGUUUACAUUCUCUUCUGUCUCUGCUCCCACCCUGUGCGGCGCUUUGAGGAAUCAGAAAAGAACCUGCUGUUGUACCUGG